AUGGAUAUUUUUGUCCUCAAUGAGUACUUCAGGGACAGUGGUCCAGACCGCAGUGAUAAUGGUCCAGACUGCAGUGAUAAUGGCCCAGACCACAGUGAUAAUGGUCCAGACUGCAGUGACAAUGGUCCAGACCACAGUGACAAUGGUCCAGACCACAGUGACAAUGGUCUAGACCACAGUGACAAUGGUCCAGACCACAGUGAUAAUGGUCCAGACCACAGUGACAAUGGUCCAGACCACAGUGACAAUGGCCCAGACCACAGUGACAAUGGUCCAGACCACAGUGACAAUGGCCCAGACCACAGUGACAAUGGUCUAGACCACAGUGACAAUGGUCCAGACCACAGUGACAAUGGUCCAGACCACAGUGACAAUGGCCCAGACCACAGUGACAAUGGUCCAGACCACAGUGACAAUGGCCCAGACCACAGUGACAAUGGUCCAGACCACAGUGACAAUGGCCCAGACCACAGUGACAAUGGUCUAGACCACAGUGACAAUGGUCCAGACCGCAGUGACAAUGGUCCAGACCACAGUGACAAUGGUCUAGACCACAGUGAUAAUGGUCCAGACCACAGUGACAAUGGUCCAGACCACAGUGAUAAUGGUCCAGACCACAGUGACAAUGGUCCAGACCGCAGUGACAAUGGUCCAGACCACAGUGACAAUGGUCCAGACCACAGUGACAAUGGUCCAGACCGCAGUGACAAUGGUCCAGACCACAGUGAUAAUGGUCCAGACCACAGUGACAAUGGUCCAGACCACAGUGACAAUGGUCCAGACCACAGUGACAAUGGUCCAGACCACAGUGACAAUGGUCCAGACCACAGUGACAAUGGUCCAGACCACAGUGACAAUGGUCCAGACCGCAGUGACAAUGGUCCAGACCACAGUGAUAAUGGUCCAGACCACAGUGAUAAUGGUCCAGACCGCAGUGACAAUGGUCCCUUCACUGCCAACCAAUCAACCUAA